AUGGCAUCGAGACCAGGUUUUCUCACGGACUGGCCAUGGUCACCUCUUGGAAGCUUUAAGUACUUGGUAUUGGCGCCGCUGGUUAUCGACAGCAUCUACUCAUAUGCGACCAUGCAAGAUCACGAGAAACUUUUGAUAGUGGCCGUGACGGUGUGGCGUAUAGUUCAUAGCCAAAUAUGGAUAAGUUUUUCCCGUUACCAGACUGCAAAGGGAACCAAACGGAUCGUGAACAAGUCCAUAGAGUUUGCACAAGUCGACCGAGAACAAACAUGGGACGAUCAGAUCAUCUUCAACACUCUCAUUUUUUACUUAACUAAAGUGUACGUCACAGGGACCAAUACCAUUCCCUUUUGGCGAACUGAUGGAGUGGUCCUAAUCGCUCUCCUCCACGCGGGUCUGGUUGAGUUUAUCUACUACUGGUUUCACCGAGCCCUUCACCACCACUUCCUCUACUCUCGUUACCAUUCUCACCACCACUCCUCCAUCGUCACCGAGCCUAUCACUUCGGUGGUACAUCCGUUUGCGGAGCACAUUGGGUAUACAAUAAUCUUGGCGCUACCUCUAGUAACGGCUUUGCUAUGUGGGACAAUUUCUGUCGUCUCGGCUGCUCUAUACGUAACUUACAUUGAUUUCAUGAACAACUUGGGUCACUGCAACUUCGAGCUCAUUCCAAGAUCUUUCUUCACUCUCUUCCCUCCUCUCAAGUUCCUCUGCUACACUCCUUCGUUUCACUCGCUCCACCACACGCAAUUUAGGACGAAUUACUCUCUAUUCAUGCCAAUGUAUGACUACAUCUACGGUACCAACGACAAGAGCAGUGACUCAUUGUACGAAACAUCGUUAGAUAAAGAAGAAGAGAAGCCUGAUGCGAUUCAUCUCACCCAUCUAACAUCACUUGACUCUAUUUACCAUCUCCGGCUUGGCUUUGCUUCCCUCUCCUCCCACCCGUUAUCUUCUCGGUGCUACCUAUUCCUCAUGAGACCCUUCACUCAACUCCUCUCAUUCAUUCUCACUUCCUUCUCUUUUCCAACCUUUGCCUUCGAGAGAAACCGCUUGGGUGACCUUACCUUCCACUCCCACCUCCUUCCCAAAUUCUCCUCUCAUUAUAUGUCGCAACAUCACAAAGAAAGCAUCAACAAAAUGAUAGAGGCGGCUAUUCUCGAAGCGGAAAAGAAGGGUGUGAGAGUAAUGAGUUUGGGGCUAUUGAACCAGGGAGAAGAACUGAAUGGAUACGGAGAAAUGUACGUAAGGAAGCAUCCAAACCUAAAGAUAAGAAUAGUGGACGGAAGCAGCCUUGCAGCUGAGGUAGUGGUUCAUAGCAUUCCCGUUGGUACGAGAGAAGUUCUCUUUAGAGGCCAAAUCACAAAGGUCGCUCGUGCCAUUGUCUUUUCUCUUUGCCAAAAUGACAUCAAGGUGAUGGUGUUACGUGAGGAAGAGCAUUGCAAGCUAGCCGAAUUCCUUGACGGAAAUUGUAAGGAAAAUCUGGUGCUCACAACCAAUUAUUCCCCAAUGAUAUGGUUGGUGGGAGAUGGGCUAAGCGUAGAAGAGCAGAAGAUGGCGAGAAAAGGAACCCGAUUUCUUCCUUUUUCUCAAUUUCCGCCUACCGAAAUCCGAAAGGAUUGCUUUUACCAUACCACUCCAGCUAUGAUCAUCCCGGACUCUGCCCAAAACAUCGAUUCUUGUGAGAAUUGGCUGGGGAGGAGAGUGAUGAGCGCAUGGAGAGUUGGUGGGAUCGUACACGCGCUUGAAGGAUGGGAGGAACACGAGUGUGGUCGAGACGAUUCAACCAUUCAUCAUCGAAGAAGAGUAUGGGAAGCUGCUCUUCGAAACGGUUUCCAACCUCUGGGUUUACCAUCUUUAGAGACCAAUAAGGAAUUCAAAAGUUCAAAGUAA